UAAGGGAAAAAGGCCUCGAGAUGGGAGUGUCGCCCAUGGUAUCGCCGCGAGAGGCUUCUCUCGAGAUGAGGGAAGUAUUUUUUCGUCGCUAGAUGUCAGUAUUUCUCGGGAUUUUUUUUUAAAUAUGCAACUUCAUUUGUCAUCACAUCCCGAGUGUACCAAAGCUGACCAAAGCCAUCGGACGUCUACUGCAUCUCUGUGCUGUUCCUUCGGUUAUCGUUUAGCUAGUAGCUUCCCAGAUGAUGUUCAUGGUUGCUGAUGCUGCAAGAGCUUGACACUAUUGGACUUGGAGUACAGGCUAUUUUAAAUCGGAACGUCGUUACAGCUCUUUAGAGAGCAUUGUUUUGUUUGACCUGUCAGCGCAUCAUGGCAGAGCCAGAAUUGUUGCUGGAUUCGAACAUUCGUCUUUGGGUGGUGCUACCCAUAGUCUUCAUAACUUUCCUUGUUGGAGUGAUAAGACAUUACGUGUCAAUACUACUGCAAAGUGACAAGAAACUUACAUUAGAGCAAGUCUCAGACAGUCAAGUACUUAUCAGAAGCAGAAUUUUGAGAGAGAAUGGAAAGUAUAUACCCAAACAGUCAUUCCUCAUGAGAAAGUUUUAUUUCAAUAAUCAAGAAGAUGGAUUCUUUAAAAAGACCAAAAGAAAGGUUGUCCCUCCCUCUCCAAUGACUGAUCCCAGUAUGCUAACUGAUAUGAUGAAAGGCAAUGUCACAAAUGUGCUGCCAAUGAUCCUUAUUGGCGGGUGGAUUAACUGGACAUUCUCAGGGUUUGUCACAACUAAGGUCCCCUUUCCUUUAACUCUGCGUUUCAAGCCGAUGCUUCAGCAGGGAAUUGAGCUUCUCUCUCUGGAUGCAUCCUGGGUGAGUUCAGCGUCCUGGUAUUUCCUGAAUGUUUUUGGCCUGCGAAGCAUGUACUCAUUGAUUCUGGGACAAGAUAAUGGUGCCGAUCAGUCCAGAAUCAUGCAGGAUCAGAUGAGCGGCGCUGCAAUGGCAAUGCCAGCAGACACCAACAAAGCCUUUAAGGCAGAAUGGGAGGCUCUGGAAUUAACAGACCAUCAGUGGGCCUUGGAAAAUGUUGAAGAUGAGCUGAUGAGCAAGGAUCUGGACUACUGUGGAAUGUUCAGCAGGGAGUUACCAACUGGAAUCUUCUGAGGGAUUUUUGGACAUCUGAAAUGCAAUGUGGACUUGGCAGUCGAGUAUCACUAUUAAGAUGGACUAGUUGAAGUUGGAUUGGAAAGUUGACCGGUGGACCUUUUUCACUGGCUAUGAGAUGCGUGAAGGGGUGCCAUGUUAAAAGUUGUCAACUGCAUGCACUAUGUUCCACAUCAAUUAUGCUAUUACACUCUUUUGAUAAUUUUUAAUAAUAAUGCUAAACACUCUUAAUUUCUGCAGUUCAAAUACAAAAGGGAGGUUUAAAGUUAGGGGAGCUUAUUGUCAUGAAUUAGGAUCAAAUCUAGGUAUAGGAAGCAAACCUGUAGAAAAGGCCUCAAUCUUGAGAGCUUUCAGUUGGACAUUAAUUUAGUUUCAGCAUUUAGAUCCAUUAAGGUGUUUUUUUUGUUGAUGUUGAAAUGACCGAAAGGACUAUUUCUUGUGACCACUGAGUAGAGGAAAAAAAGUCCUAGGAUAGGAUAGGAUCUUUUUAUUUGUAUACACCCCCCC